AUGGCGGCCGGCGUGGAGUUGGGUUUCGCGGUGGCCGUGGAGCCGGAGGGCGCCUGGCGGCUGCGCAGCGCCUACUUCCCCAGCAAAGUCGGGGGGCGGCCGGCGUGGCUGGGUGAGGCUGGAUUGCCGGGCCUCGCCGCCUUGCGCUGCGGCCGUUGUCAGCAGCCCUGUGCCUUUCUGCUCCAGCUGUACGCGCCGUUGCUAGACCGCCCCGACGCCUUCCACCGCACUCUCUUCGUGUUCGCCUGCCGCGGUGCCGGCUGCUACCGUCUGCCAGGCCCGCGGGGACCGCUCUGCGGUGAGGCAGGGGUGGGCAGUGACCGAGGAGUGGGCGAGGGGUAA